AUGAGCACGCUGCCGCAGAACAUCCAGUCGACGGCCACGGCUGAAGACAUCCGCGCGGCGUACCGGCGCGAAAGCCUCAAGACGCACCCGGAUCGCCUGAGCCCCAAGGCGCCAGCCGAGGAGCGCCGACGCGCCACCGAGCGCUUCCAAGCCGUCGCAGACGCAUACUACGUCCUCUCGGACCCGCACCGCAGGGCAGAGUACGACCGGCUCUUCCGCUCGCGUCCCGCGAGCGCGUUCACGUCGCCCACCGCCGACGAGGACGAGCAGGACCAGGCGAGCUCCAACUUCUUUGCCGAGUUUGCGCGCUUCUUCACCGAGGCGACCAACGCUUCGGCCAGUGGGAGCGGUGCGCCCGACUCGGGGGUGGACAGCGGCGCGAGCACGCCGGCCGGUGGCGAGAAGCCGACGCCUGCGAGCGACGGGCCGCAGGCGCCCGGUGCCUCGGGACGCACGCGGAGGCCGGACGCGAACCGCGUCUUUGGCGACGUGUUCGAGGAGCUUCUCGAGCCCGAGGUCGCGCACGUCCACAAGACGUGGUCGUGGGUCGGUGGCGCGGCUGGCGCCGCGCUGGGCUACAUCGUCGCCAACAUCCCCGGUGCGGUCGCGGGUGGGUUCGCGGGGAACCGGAUCGGCGCGAUCCGCGACGCCAAGGGCAAGAGCGUGGCCGAAGUGUUUGCGCGCUUGCCUUCGAGCCAGAAGGCGCAGAUCCUCAAAGCCCUCGCGUUCAAGGUCCUCGGCAGUAUGCAGUAG